AUGGCGCCUGUGAUAGCCACCAAUUCAACUCACCCAUCAUCCACAACCACCAGCCUGCCACCAAAAAGUUGGAGUCUUGACAGCUGGAAAUCGAAACAGGCCUGGCAACUCCCUGAAUAUCCAGAUAAAGAUAGCCUUGAAAGUGUCCUUGAGACAAUUGAAUCCUUCCCUCCCAUUGUGUUCGCAGGUGAGGCUCGCAGCCUCGAGGAAAAGCUCGGCCAGGCCGCACUUGGCAAUGGUUUCCUCCUGCAGGGCGGGGACUGUGCUGAGAGUUUCAAAGAAUUCAAUGUUGAUAAAGUUAGAGGCACUUUCAUAGUCCUCUUGAAAAUGAGCGUUGACCUCCUUUUUGGGGGCCAGGUGCCUGUUAUAAAGGUGGGAAGAAUGGGUGGCCAAUUUGCAAAGCCAAGAUCCAGUCCGUUUGAAGUAAAGGAUGGGGUGAAGCUGACAAAUUAUCGGGGUGACGCUGUCAACGGGUAUGCUUUUGAUGAAAAAUCAAGAAUCCCGGAUCCUCAAAGAUUGAUUAGGGGCUACACCCAAUCUGUGGCAACACUGAACCUUCUCAGAGCAUUUGCUACCGGAGGAGAUGCUGCCAUGCAGAGGGUAACUGAGUGGAAUCUUGAUUUUGCUGAGCAGGGGGAUAAGUAUAAAGAACUGGCUAACCAAGUCGAUGAGGCCAUUGGCUUCAUGGCUGCUUGUGGUCUCACAGCUGGUCACCCAGUCAUGACCACUACGGAAUUCUGGACGUCUCAUGAGUGUUUGCUUUUACCUUAUGAACAAGCAUUAACAAGGGAAGACUCGACUAGUGGCCUUUAUUACGACUGUUCUGCCCACAUGCUUUGGGUUGGUGAACGCACACGGCAAUUAGAUGGUGCCCAUGUUGAGUUUCUUAGAGGAGUCACCAACCCCAUUGGGAUCAAGGUGAGUGAAAAGAUGGAUCCUAAUGAGCUAGUAAAGCUUAUUGGUAUUCUGAAUCCUCAAAAUAAACCUGGAAGAAUAACAGUGAUCACCAGAAUGGGAGCUGAGAACUUGAGAUUAAAGCUUCCGAAUCUGAUUAGGGCAGUUCGUGGAGCAGGCCAAAUUGUCACUUGGGUCACCGAUCCCAUGCAUGGAAACGCCAUUAAGGCUCCUUGUGGACUCAGGACGCGUCCCUUUGAUGCAAUCAAGGAUGAAGUGAUAGCAUUCUUUGAUGUACAUGAUCAAGAAGGAAGCAACCCCGGAGGUGUGCACCUAGAGAUGACAGGACAGAAUGUUACAGAGUGCGUAGGAGGCUCUUGUGCUGUAACUUACAACGAUCUCAACUCACGCUAUCACACGCAUUGUGACCCGAGGCUUAAUGCUUCACAAUCGCUAGAGCUUGCCUUUAUCAUCGCAGAACGACUUCGAAAGAGAAGGCUCGGAUAG